AUGAGCACUGCAAGAGCAUUCCGCGUCCUCCAGGUCCGCAACCUGCCUCCGGCUGCCCAAGCCCGUCUCGAGGGCAUCCAGGAAAUCGAAAUCGUUCGGCCCCGGGACACUUCCAGAGCGGCCAUGCUCGACGCCUGCGAGUCGGUUGACGGAGUGCUCUCUCUGCUGGCCGAGAAGAUCGACCGCGAGCUUCUGGAUCGUGCCGGUCCAACACUCAAAGUCGUCUCGACAGUAUCGGUUGGCUACGACCACAUCGAUGUGGCCGAAUGCAAGGCCCGAAACAUCAAGAUCGGCAACACGCCAGACGUCUUGACGGACGCCACCGCAGACCUCGCCGUUGGGCUUCUCAUCGCAACGGCUCGUCGGUUCCCUGAGGCUCUCCGAGCCGUCCACGAGGGGACUUGGGGCAAGUGGACGCCGACUUGGAUGUGCGGCACUCAGCUGCAGAACAAGUCAGUUGGGAUUGUCGGGCUUGGCCGCAUCGGCAUCGAGAUUGCCCUCCGACUCAAGGCCUUCAAGAUGGGUCCUCUCCGAUACUGGGGCCGACAGAACCGAGAUGGCCACGAGCAAGUCCAAGCCGUCGGAGCCAAGUACUGCGCCAGCCUUCCCGAGCUCUUUGCCACCUCCGACAUCUUGAUUGUGGCCUGUGCCCUGACGCCAGAGACCAGACACCUCAUCGAUCUACCGCUCAUGCAGGCGACGCGAGACCAUGCCAUCCUGCUGAACGUUGCGCGAGGCUCCAUCAUCAAGCAGGAUGAUCUCGUUGCCGCCCUCAAGGAGGGUAAGUUCCAAGGCGGUGUCGGGCUCGACGUCACCGAUCCCGAGCCGCUGUCGCCCCAGCACGAGUUGCUCCAAUUCGACCGGGUUUGUGUCCUGCCGCAUAUCGGAAGUGCUGCCCUCGAGACUCGAGAGGCCAUGGCCAACCUCGCCCUGGACAACUUGAUGCAGGGACUUCAAGGCAGGCCCCUUACUUGCUCGGUCUGA